AUGGGUGCAACACUUACAAACCACACUUAUCAAGAUUUUCAUAACUAUUGGGCUUGUUCACCAGUCAGAGAAAAAGUUUUGAAUUGGUCCGCAACAAAAUAUUGCACUAAAAAAUUAUUACUUUUAACUAUGUCACCACAAUCUUCAAUGGCGGUAACUUUGGAACAAUCCCAUCAAAGGAUUCCUGGUAAAUUUCAUCCGUAUUACUUUGACGCAAAGUACGUUGAAUUUUCUGAACCAACAUGUUCACCGUAUGAACUUGGAUUCAAUUCUCGAAAACAAAAUGACGAUAAUUUAGAAGAUUUUAAUAGCAAUAGAAACACUAAUUUAAUUUACAAUCAAUUAUUCGAUAAUAAUUGUUGCCUUGAUUCACCACCACAAACAUUACAACAACCUCAAUUAUUACAAUCAUCUCUUCAAACCAAUACUUCUAUGACUGCCCCUGAAAUUCAAAUUACUCCUGAUGAUGGCAACGACUGUGAUAACAUUUCCACCACUGCCAAUUAUAUAAUGGUCAGAAAAAUGGACUACGAGCAAAACACAUCUCAAGAAGCAUCCUCCAGUAAAGGUAAGAGAAGAAAGGCACAAUAUUGUGAUUUAGAGGGUCAAGAUGAUGUUGUAUGCGAUUAUGAAAUUAAUAAUGCUUCUAUAAUAUCUGAUAAAGUUACUAUACCAGAUAUUUAA